CACGGACCUUUAGCCCCAUAUUGCUGUGUUGGCGGAGAUACGUUACGCGUCUGCAGUCAACGGAGCUCAAAACUGAUUUCUGGUGAUUUUUUUCCCACCGAAAGACUUUAACGUUUUUUCUAAAACUUGUAUCCACGAAGACUAAAUCAAAAUGCGUGAGUGCAUCUCCAUCCAUGUGGGCCAGGCCGGAGUACAGAUUGGCAAUGCAUGCUGGGAGUUGUAUUGCCUGGAGCAUGGCAUCCAGCCUGAUGGCAAUAUGCCGAGUGAUAAGACCAUUGGUGGUGGGGAUGACUCCUUCAACACUUUCUUCAGUGAGACUGGCUCUGGGAAGCAUGUGCCACGAGCUGUGUUUGUGGAUCUGGAGCCUGCAGUCAUAGAUGAGGUAAGGUCUGGAACCUACAGGCAACUGUUUCAUCCGGAGCAGCUCAUCUCUGGGAAGGAAGAUGCAGCCAAUAAUUACGCCCGAGGCCACUACACUGUUGGCAAGGAGAUUAUUGAUAUGGUGCUGGAGCGUGUCCGCAAAUUGACCGAUCAGUGCACCGGUCUCCAGGGUUUCCUGAUUUUCCACAGUUUUGGUGGAGGCACUGGCUCUGGUUUCACGUCCCUGCUGAUGGAGCGUCUCUCGGUCGACUAUGGCAAGAAGUCCAAGCUUGAGUUUGCCAUCUAUCCCGCUCCUCAGGUCUCCACCGCUGUGGUCGAGCCUUAUAACUCCAUCCUAACCACCCACACCACCCUGGAACACUCUGACUGUGCCUUCAUGGUAGAUAACGAGGCAAUCUAUGACAUCUGCCGCCGAAAUCUCGACAUCGAGCGCCCCACCUACACCAACCUCAACCGUCUCAUCGGUCAGAUCGUGUCCUCCAUCACCGCCUCACUGCGCUUUGACGGUGCCCUGAACGUCGAUCUGACUGAGUUCCAGACCAACUUGGUGCCAUAUCCCAGAAUCCACUUCCCCCUAGUCACAUACUCUCCCAUUAUCUCUGCUGAGAAGGCUUACCAUGAGCAGCUGUCCGUGUCUGAGAUCACCAGCGCCUGCUUUGAGCCGUCCAAUCAGAUGGUAAAGUGUGACCCCCGGCAUGGGAAGUACAUGGCCUGCUGUAUGCUGUAUCGUGGUGAUGUCGUGCCCAAAGAUGUCAAUGCCGCUAUUGCCAACAUUAAAACCAAGCGCUCCAUCCAGUUUGUGGACUGGUGCCCAACUGGAUUCAAGGUCGGCAUUAAUUACCAGCCACCUACAGCGGUCCCUGGUGGAGAUUUGGCCAAGGUACAAAGAGCUGUGUGCAUGCUGAGCAACACCACAGCUAUUGCCGAGGCCUGGGCCCGACUGGACCACAAGUUUGAUUUGAUGUACGCCAAGCGUGCCUUCGUACACUGGUAUGUCGGUGAGGGGAUGGAAGAGGGAGAGUUCUCAGAGGCCAGAGAGGAUCUUGCUGCACUGGAGAAAGAUUAUGAGGAGGUUGGCACAGAGUCUGUGGAGGAUGAAGAAGAGGGAGAGGAGUAUUAAAGAUGCUUUAAGAUGCUGAUCUGAGACCUACAGUCAGAAGAGAAACCAGUCCUACUCCAGCACUUACAAGCAGUAUUUUACCUCUUCAAUAGCAAGUUGCCUUAUAAAAUCCCAAUGAUGGGAAACUAUGCCCUGAUGUGUGACUUAUAAAUGUUCUGUUGUGUCAGGUUUUGUUCUUUUCUAUACCUCCCAUUCUGUCUGAUUUCAAAGAAACGAGUUGCCAAAGGCAUUUCUGUCUGUGAACACUUUGUUUGUAAGCUGUCUUUGUCUCAUACAUGCUGUAAGUGAUUAAUGCAGUUUCUGAAUAAACUGUCAUCUAUUGA